ACUAGUUGCCAAUUUAUGAAGUUUACACCCGUGCUUUGCGGCGUUUGUGCAAUUCAAUUACAUUUUCAUCGUGUUAAUAAUUGAAUUUAACCGAAAAUACUUCCUUACAUCGCUUCGCAGACUCCUUAGAGGAUAUUUUCUGCUGGUGCACGUUUUUUCAAGUUGUAAAUAACUCUUCAGGAAUGGUAAUGGAGGCCCCCCCAUCUCCCCAAAGUGUAGGAAGGGAAUUUGUUCGACAGUACUACACUUUGCUGAACAAAGCCCCAGCUCAUCUCCAUCGCUUUUACAACCAAAACUCGUCUUUCGUUCAUGGCGGCUUGGACCCACCUAAUCGUGAAACCAGCCCCGUUAUCGGCCAGAAGCAAAUUCACCAGAAGAUCCAGCAAUUAAAUUUCCAUGAUUGUCAUGCCAAGAUCACCCAGGUGGAUUCCCAAGCCACCCUGGGGAAGGGCGUUGUGGUGCAAGUAACCGGCGAGCUCUCCAACGCAGGACAACCGAUGAGACGUUUCACUCAGACUUUCGUUUUGGCCGCUCAAAGUCCCAAGAAGUACUACGUGCAUAACGACAUCUUUAGAUACCAGGACGAAAUCAUUUCGGACGAGGAAUGCGAACCGGAGAAUCGAUCCGAACCGGAAGAUGACGCUUCUCAGGAUUGCCAUACUUUGGGAGACCAUCAGCCAAUCACCCCGGCUCCGAUUCCUUACUACAACCCCAACACUACUCCGAUGCAACCCAACAUGCCGCCGGUACCACACCACCAACCACCGCAUGUUAUGCCUCCUCCAGCCGUUCCGACGGUCAACGGGGCUGUGCAUCCGGACGACAUCGCCGUGAUACCAGGUCCCGUUCCUCAUGUCAAUGCCGGUCAAGGCCAAGUCAUGCCGGCACCAAUAACCAACAUCCAACCAGCAAACUUGGUCCAACCCCUGAAUCCUACCGCUCCGAUUGAAGAAACCCAACCCGCUGAAGCUCCAAUUGAAGAACAUCAAGAAGUUAGCUACAAUGAUUCGACUGAACAGGAACCAGAGCCCCAGGAUAUAAACACUGAACCCGUUGCAUCAAAUGAACCCAAAACGUAUGCUAAUUUGCUGAAGUCUGGAAAUAACUUACCGUUCAAUAGUCCACCGCUGGCAACUUCGGCACCAAUACAACAACCAAGAUCGGUGUCUCCACAGAACAUGGGUCCUCGAGGAGAUCAAGGAGGGUUAGGCAACCGCAAUAACAUGAAUCGUGGUCCUCGAGUUAACCAACAGAGACUUCAGAAACAGGAUUCGGGAAGGGGAGCGCCUGGACGAAAUUCGUUCAAUGAAGAAGAUGAUAGGAAGCGGCCUCAAGGCAACAACUUCGGUGAUCAAAACCAGCUCUUUUUGGGAAAUCUUCCUCACAACGCGACCGAAGAUGAGCUUCGUGAGAUCUUUUCGGAGUUUGGCGCCAUUUUGGACUUGAGGGUGCAUAGUAAACCCACCAACAAGACGGCAGUCCCUAGCGGACGCGCUCCUCCGAAUUACGGCUUCAUAACAUACGAGUCUCAGACGGGCGUGCAGAAUUGUCUUGCAGCAAAGCCGAUAUUUUAUCCUAAGGAUGACAAGAACGGUACUCAACUGAACGUGGAAGAGAAGAAGACGAAGGACCGUCAGUCGUACGGCAGCGGUCGCCCCAGCAGCAACGACAACCGCUCCCGAGACAACGGACCGAGGCGCAGCGGGCCGGGCCUGGGCGGGCCCAACAGGAACGUCACUGGGGGCAGUGGCGGCGGCUCGACCGGCAUGGUGCCCAAUCGGACUAACAACUACAACCGAGGCGGAGGACCUCCAAACCGCGGUCCCAACACGUACAACCGCCGCUAGCUUCACCACUCCUUUCACGUAUUUCUUCAAACAAACUCAUUUCGCGCGAACGAAUAGUGUAUGGGACGUGUACAGUGUUCGAGUCUGAGGAACGGAAUAAUUAUGACGUUAGUGCCAAUAGUGGUUCAUUAGCUGCAGUGUAUUUACAUCAAACCAUUUGUUUAGAGUUGUUGCUUGAACAUUCGAAUCGAAUGCCCGCCAAUCAACUAAUAGUUCUCUUUUUCAAGUACUUAUUGGCUGUGUUGUAUAAUGCGAUUGGUCAAAAAUUGGUAUUGGUUGAAUGUCGAGCAACACAAAGCGGUGUCUUUUGGGCAUAGUGUAGUGUCUCAUGACAAGUUUCAUGGUUUGAACUUAAAUAUAUUCAACAGCAGGUCACCACGGGUCAUACGUUUUUCAAACUAUUAUUUUACAUUCAUAACCUAACAGCUGUAUGCAUGUUGAUGUUAGUAGCUGCUAACUCGUAACUAAAUUUUCUACUAGAUUUGUUUUGUUUUAUUCUUUUUUAAUGCCAAAUGUACAUUACACCCCAAAUGUACAUAAAUAAAAAUAAAUAUAAUAGCAAAUAGUCUUUUUAUGUGAAUAUUAUGAUAUUAACAAUAGUAGAAAAUUUAGUGUAUUAGCUUCUAAGGUCACCUAUUCAUAUGGUUCUAAACAUAAUUUAAAUUACCUUUAAGAUUUUUCAAUUGUAUUUUCAGUUUUACAUAGUACUUUAAGUAUUUAUCUUUUUUAAGUCUCAUUUAGGUACUUCCCCCAUAUUUUAUCAACAGUUGUGUAUUCUUAACGCAAAAUACACAACGCCGUUUAUGUAUACAAUAGAGAACGUUUAUUUUAUUGCAGCUAUGUUUGUCUUAAACAUUUUGACAUCGCGUUUUUGAUUUUAUCCAGUAGUAUACAUUUUUAACUAGUUUGUUUCUAGUUAGCUCUCCCCAAUAACGGCCAUUUUCAUACUUUGUUACAUCCCUAAACAAGAUGUUAGUCCACGAUAAUUUCAAGUUACAUGUAAAUAAAUAGAGGACCGAGGUCCAGUUUUAUUUAAAGUAGAAUGAUGUGAAAGUGUUUUGUUAAUUUUUAUAAAAAUGUCUUGGUGAAAAAGUGGAAUGUUAUUUACAGGCUUAGUUUCACUUUAUUUCCCUCAUUUUUUGUUAGCAGUAUUUGUUCCUUUUUCCCUGUGAUAAUUGAAUUUCUUCUCCAAAACUCACCGUCGCAUUUUACCAAAGUUCUUCCUUCUCAAAACUAAGACUUGUGCAGGUUCCACUAGUCACAAUAAAGUUUCAGGUUUUUUCAGUUUGUCGUUCCUGUAAUAUUGUCAAAUUGUUAUUAGUAAGAUUAAAGGAAAUUGUUACAGCAAA